AUGAUUUCAAUGAUUAAGAGUAAACCACCCAAUAGAACGGCUUCAAGGGCACUGAAGAAGCUGAUUAUCGUGUCAAAUAAGUCACAGCGGAGAUCUUUUAACGAGGCAAGAAGUACCAAGGAUUUUAUCUCGUCGGAAUCAAGUAAAGUAGAAGAUUGGUGGGCAUCAAAGAGAUUUGAAAAUAUUACUCGUUCCUAUUCAGCUAGGGAUGUUGUAAAGCAUCGGGGCAGUCUGCCUGCGAAUACUUCAAUCUACCCUUCAUCUCACCAAGCUCAGAAACUGUUCAACUUUUUAGAAGAAAACUUCAAGAGCGGCACUCCACUUCAUACGUUAGGAGUUAUUGACCCUGUACAAAUGAGCCAGUUGGCACGUUGUGAAAAUAUCAAGGUUGCCUACAUAUCUGGCUGGGCAUGUUCCUCUACAUUGGUCGGAUCUACUAAUGAAGUAUCACCAGAUUUUGGCGAUUAUCCAUAUGAUACAGUGCCGAAUCAAGUGGAGAGAAUUUUCAAGGCACAGCAAUUGCAUGAUCGAAAGGCUUUUUUGGAGGCCUCUAUCAAAGGCUCUAUACCUGUUGAUUAUUUAACACCAAUUAUAGCAGACGCAGAUAUGGGACAUGGUGGCCCCACAACAGUGAUGAAAGUUGCAAAGUUGUUCGCGGAGAAGGGGGCUGCGGGUAUCCACCUCGAAGACCAAAUGGUAGGAGGUAAACGGUGUGGUCACCUUAGUGGGGCUGUUUUGGUACCCACAGCGACGCAUCUUAUGAGAUUAAUUUCUACCAGGUUUCAAUGGGAUAUUAUGGGAACAGAAAAUUUAGCUAUUGCGAGAACAGACUCUUGCAAUGGCAAGUUAUUGAGUUCGAGCAGUGACCCAAGAGAUCAUGAAUUUAUCAAGGGUAUAAUAGGAAAGAAUGUGGUGCCCUGGAGUGAAAAGCUAAUUGAAAUGGAGAAUAUGAAGAUUAGCAACUCCGUCAUUUCCGAUAUGGAACAAGAAUGGUACCACAAGAAUGAAUUGUUUACAUUUGAAGAGGCCUUAGCAAAACAAUUUACGGCUGGCGAAUUUGCAACUUACAAAGAAAAAAAGGAGGAUCUUAUGGUAAACAAACUGGGUAGAGCAUAUUUAAGUUUGAGAGAAAUGCAGCUUUUGGCCCAUGAGGUGACACCAUCGAAAAAUAUAAUAUUUGAUUGGGAUGCUCCGAGAACUAAAGAGGGAUAUUAUAUGUUUAAAGGUUGUAUUGAAGCAGCUAUCAGAAGAUCUUUGGUUUUUGCCCCAUAUUCUGACAUGAUUUGGUUAGAAACGAAAACACCCGAUCUAGAACAGGCACGUUCAUUCUCAAGUGAAAUCCAUAAGAAAUUUCCAGCAACUAAGUUAGUGUAUAAUUUAUCUCCAAGUUUUAAUUGGAGCGCCCACGGAUUUGAUGAUAAGGCAUUGAAAUCCUUCAUAUGGGACUUGGCAAAAGAGGGCUUUACAUUGCAAUUAGUCUCCCUUGCUGGGCUGCACUCAGAUGGAGUGUCAUUCUGGGAAUUAGCCAAUGCCUUUCAAAAUGAUGGAAUGAAAGCAUAUGUAGAAAAAGUGCAAAGGCGGGAAAAGGAGAGUAACUGCGAUAUUCUUACCCACCAGCAUUGGUCUGGCGCAGAAUACGUUGAUUCCUUGAUGAAAGUCGUUCAGAACGGUGCCUCAUCCCAAACUUUAAGCACGUCUGGUGAGGGAUUUACCGAGACACAAUUUUGA